CGGCGGCUCACAACGCGCGCGCGAGUCUAUCGCAAGACCCCGAGCGAGCGAGCGAUUCCGGUCUCGGUUUCUUCGUUGUAAAGAUCGCCGUCUUCAUUGCGACCGCGAUCUUUUGCUGUACAGCUACAAAACGCGAGUCUUCGGUGAAACGCGCGUUUGUAACUUGAAAAAAAUUGCGUAAUCCCGAUAGUCCCAUGUCCUUCUUGCUCUCUAGGAUGGGUUAAAGAUUAGAAAGAGCGUGUUUCUUCGCUAGUGUGAUGAUUGUUUGUCAGGUAUAUCAGUGACGUGACGUGACGCCGCGAAUUUUCCUUGUGGUUUUGAAAAAGAGACGUGCGAGUGAGAUUCCAUCGACGACCUGUUCGUCCUUCGUCCUCAACGAGGGAAGGAGGAAAAGAGAGACGCGCUGGACGAUCGAGUGAGAGAGAAAGAGCGAGAAAGGGCAACGUGUUAUAAGCCGUCGAAGUCGUCGGCAUUCUGGAGUCGUCUGCUCGCCGCGCUCGCGUUCAGGGCGAAUGAACUGCGCACACCGGCGAUGAUAGUGUUCUCGGCGGCGCGGCGAUGCGCGAGUAAUGACGGAGCUACGUGACCGACCGAGCACGACCGGUGGUGAUACAGAGAGAAAGAGAGAGAGCGGGGAAAGAAAGAAACGCAACGCAUAUCCAACCUCGACCUCCAAGUGUCGAGUGUGCGGUAGCGCGCGGCACCACCACGACGUCGACGACGUCGUCGCGUUACGCGUUUACGGUCAAACGUUUGCGGGACGUUGUCACGAAUAAAAGACGAAAUCUCGUGAUAAAAACAACUUAUAUCUAGUAUUAUUCAGUAAGGCUGGCAACGAGCCGAAAACGGAGUACCUUGUAACGUACCAAAUAGCGAAACGCAUUUAGAUUCGACGUGCAAUCGUUCUCUCGCAAGAUAUUCGAUUAACGGAUUCACAUACUCGUUAAGAUUCUGAAUAUUUUUUUUUUGAUAGGAAGAUAUAUCGAUCGCACGAGAGUGACGAAGAUUGCGCGGAGCUAGAACGCGAACCGGAGUAUGUAAUCUCCGGAUCUUGCGAGUUCAACAAGUGGACCGUCGCGCUAAAAAACUUGCACUGGAUCAUCCUCGAAAACCAGAAAUCACGACGUUAUCGUGUGACGUCACGUGUCGAACGGUGAUUUCCCAGAAAGUGAUUUCCUCUCGAUUCGAGCAUUUUCGACGAUUGGAGUUCGACGACGAUCGAUUUCGGAGCGCAACAAGUUGAAGGGAGAAAGCACGUGGGAUAUUGCAACGCAACGCGCGCACGGAUCACCCGAGGUGUGUGUCCCUUCUCCCGCCCCCGGUCCUUACGUAAGAUUGCCGUGACGAACACGUUGAUAACUUUUGGUCUCUCGUCGUUUGCCAACGUCACUGAUAAAAGCGGCCAAGAGAGCGAGACAAUAUAAAGAGAACCAAUCAGUCGACGAUUGCGAGUCGUGACGCGAGCGUACGAUAUCUCGUUGCGCGAAUCUCGCAGCGUAGAAGAAGAUUGAUCUCGAGAAUCAACGGAACUCGCGGGUCGAGUUUCUCGCGCGGCCGAGAAAAAAAAACAUUCGUCGCAGGUUUGCGAUGCCGGUACUUAAAGUUGUGUGACACAGAAGUGCGAUAGUCAUCCUCGAAAUUAUAUAUUUUCGUCAAGAAACACAAGAAACUUACUUAACGGAUUAAGGGCUCGGAAAAGAGAAAGAGAUUAGGUUCGUGUCUUGUGGAGAUUAUUGAGUGCGGCGGGACCCGCCAAGCGAUCUUGAAUGACCUUCGUAUUCUGCGGCUUCGUCUUCGACUCGUCCGACGAGAAGACGAGACAGAUGCCGGUCGCUUCGGAGGACUGGACGCCCCACCCGGGCGCCAAGAUAACCAGUUCCAUUACCACCGUCAAGGGUGCCACCAUACAGAGCACGACGACGGCCUGGAUGUCGCCCUACAGCAGGACGACGCCACCGGAUCGCGGUGGCUCCAACAAUAACAACAAUAACAACAACAAUGGUGUGGUUAUACUAGACGGGUGCAGACCGCCGGCGGCCACCACGGCCAGGAGGUUCUUUAGGUGGUUCAGCAGAUUGGGGCAACCGCCGAUGGGAAAAUCAGGGGUGUUGGAGAUGGCGGCUACCGAGAGCACGAUUCGAUUUAGUGGCCACACGCUGGACAAGGCGACCAAGGCCAAGGUUACGCUGGAGAACUAUUACAGUAAUCUGAUAGCGCAGCACAUCGAGCGGAAGCAGAGGCUGGCAAAGCUCGAAGAGUCGCUCAAGGAUGAAGGUCUCUCGGAACAGCAGAAGCAGGAGAAAAGACUGCAACAUGCCCAGAAGGAGACUGAGUUUCUUCGACUCAAGCGGUCCAGGCUCGGUGUCGAAGAUUUCGAGCCUCUCAAGGUUAUCGGCAGAGGUGCCUUUGGCGAGGUGAGACUCGUGCAAAAGAAGGACACCGGACACGUAUACGCGAUGAAGAUUUUACGGAAGGCGGAUAUGCUCGAAAAGGAACAGGUUGCUCACGUCAGAGCGGAGAGAGACGUCCUCGUGGAAGCGGAUCAUCAGUGGGUCGUAAAAAUGUAUUACAGUUUCCAGGAUCCUAUAAAUCUCUAUCUGAUAAUGGAGUUUCUUCCCGGCGGUGACAUGAUGACGCUACUUAUGAAGAAGGAUACUCUUUCCGAAGAGUGCACGCAAUUUUAUAUUUCCGAAACGGCGUUAGCGAUCGACUCCAUACAUAAAUUAGGUUUUAUCCAUAGAGACAUCAAGCCAGACAACCUGUUGCUGGACGCACGGGGCCACAUAAAACUCUCUGACUUUGGGCUGUGCACGGGUCUGAAGAAAUCGCACCGAACCGACUUUUAUCGGGACCUAAGUCAAGCGAAACCUUCCGAUUUCAUGACAUCAUGCGGGAGUGGUAGCGGUGGCGCAAUGGACAGCAAAAGAAGAGCCGAGAGCUGGAAGAGAAAUAGGAGAGCGUUAGCUUAUAGCACAGUGGGCACUCCCGACUAUAUCGCGCCGGAAGUGUUCCUGCAAACUGGUUACGGACCUGCCUGCGACUGUUGGUCUCUAGGAGUUAUCAUGUACGAGAUGCUUAUAGGAUAUCCACCGUUCUGUAGCGAGAAUCCACAGGAAACGUAUAGAAAAGUAAUGAACUGGCGAGAAACUCUAGUGUUUCCGCCCGAAGUUCCCAUUAGCGAAGAGGCUAAGGACACCAUUAUCAGAUUUUGCUGCGAAGCCGACAGAAGAUUAGGUGCGCAAAGAGGUAUCGAAGAGCUCAAGUUGGCGCCCUUCUUCCGCGGUGUCGAUUGGGAACACAUUAGAGAAAGACCUGCCGCUAUACCAGUUGAAGUGCGUUCCAUCGACGACACGUCCAAUUUUGACGAGUUUCCGGACGUGAAACUGGAAAUACCGUCCGCGCCGAUGCCACAGGACGGCGAGGUGAUAUACAAGGACUGGGUGUUCAUCAAUUAUACCUUCAAGCGCUUCGAGGGUCUUACGCAACGAGGCACGCCGACCAAGAAAUAGCAACCCCUCACUUCCUGUUCGAUCACUAGCGCCGCUGCCAAUCAUCAGCCGGCUGACGUGAUCGAAAUUCCGGCCUUGGUACAUCAUUCUCAUCCGCCGUCAUCAACGACAACAGCGUCGCGCACAGCAAACGGCUGACCUGUCUCUCGCUGUCGAGUGCGGUUCGACUCGGACUCGGAGUUUAUUCUUAUUUUGUAUAUACGCGUGAUGAGCACGAGUCAUUGUCAUGUGAAUAUUUGGCGUUAUCAUGAAGUAUCGACAACAUACUUGGUCGCAGCUUAGACGCGAACACGUUAGGCGGAAGAGUGAAGUGAUAAAAAGAUAUACACAAAUGAUCGCAUGCCUCGACGCGCAUGUCGAUAACGGCGACGAAAUCUUUUGUUGUGUGACUCACGUUGAUCCUCGUGUCCUCGAGGAGCGUUAUAUUUUUUAUUUUCGUCGUACCGCGGAGGAAGCGUUUUGUGCGAAACGUAGCAUAAUAAGCUCUCUGUGGUAAUGGUAUUGAAUGGAAAACGGUUGGAGAGAGUCUCGGUUUCACAUGGUUCUCACAAGUCACUCGCAGAUCACUUUUUUAUUUAUCCGUGCGACGCGCGUUGAAACGGAAUUAUUAUAAGAGGUGUUAUAUUUGUGUCACAGGAGCGCAAAACGUUCCGCUAAGCUCUUGAAUUAAGCUCUCUGUUUCUCUCUGUCUCUCUCUCUCUCUCUCUGUCUCUCUCUCUGUCUCUCUCUCUCUCUCUCUGUCUCUC